CUCCGGACAAAUGACAGAAAAACAGAACGAGUACGUAAGUGCACUCAAGUGCAUCGCUUUGUCCCCUUGCGCGUCGGACCGUGAUUUUUACCGCUCCGGCAUGACGCCGGUCGUCGGAGACGCGCGUUGCAUGCGGCGCGAUCGUGUUCAUUGACGCUGCCGCGAGUGUCAGUCGCUCCGCGUCUUCGUGCGAGACGCAACGGGAUGCGAACGAGCGCAUCCGCGACUCCGUCGGCACCAAGUUCAUCCGAAGCGGUGCACCCGGAGGACCGGCGCUCCCGCGUCGACUCCCCCGCACUGCGUCAUAUCUUAUUAAUACGUGCAAUACGUCGCGCCGCCAACACGGUCGCGAGCGAACGAAAGGAUCAUCGAGCGUCAAUGCCCAGCGUUAUGACGCUUAACGAUCGUCAACGAAGCCGCAACGAACGCGAGAGCGAUACGCAUCACAUCCCCGCUAUGCCGCUGUGUCAAGUUAGGCGAUAAGGUUUAACGAGGAAACAAGCAAAGAUGGUGCGCGUAAUAACGGUGCACAACUUCCUGGGGCAGAAUGUCGCCCAGAUCGAGGAGCCGACGGCGACCUGCACCGCCGCCAGCCAGGGUCGCGAGAUGCUCCUGCUGGCGCUGCCGACGCACUGCGUCGAGGUCUGGGAGCUGAUGAACUCGGACGUGAAGCUGCGCACCGUCUUCCCCACUGUGGACAUGAUCAAUCAAAUGGUACACUGCACCAGGGGUGACUACAUUGUGACACUGGAAUCAAAAUAUCUCAGAGACAACGCGAGCAAUAAUCACGCGGGCAAAGCCGCGUCUAAUUUUGUACGUAUUUACGUGAACUGGGCGAUGGUGAAGGACCAGAGCCAGCCGAUGCGUGCCAGAAUCGCGGGUCGCGUCACACCGAGCCUGAACCGACCUCUGAACAGCCUGGAGAUGAUAGAAUUGCCGCUGAGCGUGCAGCCCACCCUGGUCGCCUGUUGCCAGAGCACCGGGAACCUGCUGGUGGCUUCAGGCAACAGCGCUAUUCUGCACGAGUUCAAAGUAGAGACGCAGCAGGUAUCAAAGAUGAAGUUCAUCGACUUCGAGCCCAGACCGUGGUCCCUGGGAUUCACGUUCGCGCCCACGCACAUGGAAAUCGUCGAGGACUUCGUGGCGAUUCUGGAUGACGUGAAUUUGUCCAUUUUUCGCCUGACGAAUUCCAUGUACGAGGACAUUGAUCAGCUGAGUUCUGUCGCCUCCACGAAUUCCUCCUCUGUUGACAAAACAUCCAUAUCUACAGACUCGUCUCUCGUGGAGAACAGCAGCAGCCUAGGACAGGAAGAUGCGUCGCUGCAGGGAUCCAAGUGCAAAUCGGUAGAUCAGGAUUGUCAGUACGUAGCACCUGAAAACAACGAAGCUGAACUGACGGUGGUCAGUGCAAAACCCAAAGACAAGAAGCAUAAAGGUACGAAGGGCAGUACCUGGUGUAAAUUAGAAUUAGGUGACCUUGCUAAAAUGAAGUCAAGCAACAGAAAUUAUAUAGACUGGGAGCAUUUGGUGUACAACGAGAAGGACGAGAUGCACAGGUUGAUUACACAGGGGAUCGUCGAUCCCGCCUCGCAGCCGUUGACGGUGAGCCUGCCGUUAAUAAGCCUGGAGCGGGUUGGACCCGGUCACGCGGUCAGUCCGUUCGUGUUGAACUCGCCGGAGGUGAGAAUCUUCAUCAAGACAACCUCUCCUGAUGUGGGCUGGUCCGAGAAUUAUAUGAUAAGAAACCUGUUAUGCCUGAAAAUCGGUACCGGCAACAAUAAUGCCGCAAAGAUGGAUGGAAUUCUGGAGGUGUUCAGAUGCCUGGUCUUGCGGCCGUUGUACAUGAAGAGAGAAUGCAAUAACACUGGCGUGAAGAAAUCCAUGUUGAGGUCCGACAGGUACAAGCACCUGCAAGGCGUCAGCUGCUUCGUUUGCACCACGCAGGAGGGAUACUUGUAUCAUUUCCCGGCGGCGGGUAACGGAUCGUUGGACGCAACGUGCCUGACUACUUACCCCUUCACCGCACCCGUUCAUCACAUAGCUUUGGAACACACGGUACUCCACGCACUGACCGAAGCUGGCUUGGAGACCUACACGCUGCGCCUUUCUCAUCAUAUCGCGAGAUUAUCCAAUUAUACGGACGGUGUCAGGGCAUCUUGUCCCAGCGUUAGCGAACCAGUCAGCCUGAUCGGUCUCAGGCCGUUCCUGGGGAUACAGAGACUGUUGCCGACAAAAAACUAUAUUGUUCUGUUGGCCAAAGCCGACAGUUCGUGGACCAUGUACUCUCUGAAUGUACCCAAACUGGAAAACGUGUACUUCGACAUCCUGAACGCAGCAAGGAAUCACAAGUCCUCCAGUCCGAGCACUUACCGACACUUGCUGGGCGAGGCGCACGCCCUGUUACGUUUGACGAAGGACGUGUCUUAUGACGGUCCGGAUAACGAGCAAUCCGACGACGUCGCGCACAAGAGCGAUCUCAAGCUGAAGAAUCUCUACAAUCAGUCGUGCGCGUUGCUCGGAGAUUACUACAUACGAUCGGAAGUCGAUUCAGAUUGGGAUCUGUGUAUACCGUAUUACAGAAUGUCCGGGUUGAAACCGUCGGAAGUGUUAUCUAGGAAGUCCAGCCAGGACGCGCCGGGCCUCCUAACUUUUCUCACGGACGCGUUGCUCACGAUGAAGAGCGGAUCCGAAGCGGACGCACUCUUCCAGGGCUACAACAUCAUAGAGAUCAUCUGCAAGCUGGAGAAGGAAGACCUGUUGAAAUUGAUCUUCGGCAGCCCGGUGCUGAGAGAGUACACUACCGAGAAGCUGAUAAAUCUUCUGUUGAUACACGAGAUCGACGACACGGUCAAGCUCGCUCUGGCACUCUUGUACAUCCAGGCUGAUAAGCAGGAGCAGGCAGAGAAGGCGCUGGAGCCGGUCUCGGUACGCUGCAUCAAGCGGAUCGUCCUCGAGCGCUGGGAACUUCUCUUCGAUGUGACCGCGAUGAAGAAGCGCAGUCCGAUGAUCCCCACCUUCUCGGAUUUCGCCGGCACGCUGAUGCUGAUCAAGAACACCACGUUUGCCGAGAUCCUGAUACAAAUAAUAGAAGACGAGGAUACGUUAUCGCUGCAUCAGAUCAUACAAGUGUUUCUAGAGUACCUACCAUCGCGAGUCGGCAGAGACGGACAUAACGCGGCUGCCACCCUGCAGGUCUUCCUGGAGAAGUAUCUGCACAAUUACUUCAGCUCGAAAACCAUGAUUGAGUGGUCCAUCGUGAACAAAAAUCAGAUACGCUCGGACUUCGCGCUUGUUGAGGCGUUCAAGUUGCUGGUGCGCUCGUACUUAGGAAAAUUAACUCAAACGAGGGUCUACAAGACCGAGUCGAAGGAGGACCAGAGCGGGGAAAACGACAAGGAAUACUUUAUGUUCGCUAGGUAUCGGCCGAAUUAUCUCAGCAAGAUGCCACCGUAUGCCAAAGAUUACCAAAGAAUCCUGAACAUGAAUGACUUUAAGGACCUAGCGAACUACAAUAACGUGUCUGAUACCGAGAAGAUUAUACCUAAGGAAUUGUUCAAACUGCAAUCUGUGCUCUCUUGCGAGUUCCUACCGGUAGAGUGCUUGCACGAGGUAAAGCAGUUCCUCGAAACGCAGAACAUUGACGGCGGAUUGUCCCUGAGAACGUUAUGUAUACAGAAUACGGAGGAAGUAACGACUAUUCUCAUGGAUAACUGUCCGCAGGCGGUGGUGCAGUACGCGAAGGAUAAAUACAUGAAGGAUACCGAGUGGAAGUAUCUUAUCGAAUUAACGCGGGACAGGAUCGCCACGUCAACGGCGCAACAGGAACUGCAACUUUUAUACACACAGAUGAUGAAAGAGAUUUUUAAUUAUCUACCGCACGCAUUGCCUAUGAAGAGUCUACAUCGCAUCUUACCAAGAGAUGACAUGGCAAUGUUUCAGAGGUGCACCGAAAUGUGUAAUCAAAUUAUGCACGCGGAUCACGUGAAGUCGUUGAUAAUGGAGACCGGGCAGCAACUGUUGACGACUUUAAAGUUGUAAACGCCGGCGGCAUCAUCACGUAUCAUUCAUUUAGCACAUUUUUAGAUAAUGGAAAGUGAUAAUUCAGGAAUUACGAAUAGAUAAAUUCCAAUAUCACGUUUUACCAAUGAUAUUACGGAAGACUACUCCAUGCGCACUUGUACUCGCAAUUUCUACAAACUUUCAGACAUAUGUUCCUGAUUGAUACAGUCACUUUAAGCCGAUGUUCGUUAGUCGAUAGUUGUGCUGAUGCACGCAUUUUUAACAAUAGGUAACUCCCAUCAAUUAUUAUAUAAAAAAAA